CAAUUACAGCUUUCCACCAAAGGGGCUGGCAGCUCAUAUUGCACUUAAUGUUGGAUUUGUCUGGUGAAGUAUGCGGCGAAGGUUGCUGGAAAAGCCUGCUGGUGCUCUUAGCGCACACAAGGGGCAGUGACCGGGAGCCAAAGAAGCUCCCAGGAACAAUCCAGCGGCCAAAAUCGAAAGCAGGCGAACGACCACGGCUUCCACUUGAAGUCGUCAAUGCAUUGGUUCAGCUGCAAUCGCUUCAGGAGGUUGCCCUGGAAGAGCUCGAGGGUGCAGUUGCACGGCUCAAGGCUGAAGCGCCUUCGACGGUCUCAGCACGUUCAUCUCGAUCCAAGUUCCAAAGAUCGUUUUCGGCGAUUGCCAAGCCCACAACAGAACCUGGGGGACAAGAUCACCUGGAAGACCUGUCAGCCAAACGGUCAUUGAGGAGGAGCUGGACUACUUCCAUGAGCCAGGCAGGCAAGCUAGUAUCAGCCAUACUCAGGCCGUUCGAGGAUGGCGACACGCCAGGAAACUCCACGGUCGUCAGCGCCGCUGCCAGUGAAGUGGCCAGCGAUUCUGACACACCGUCACUGAAGCCUUCCCCAAGGGACCGCGGUGCUGCGGCCCUCAUCGCUCUCAUCCAGCAUGGCUUCAUGUUCCUAACCUGCAUCCUUUCAAGCUUCAGAGAGCUGGUGAAUGAAAGCAAGGACAUUAAAGCCAAAUCCAAAGUUAGCCGGAUCACUUUUGAAGGGUCUGCACCGUUAGACACUCUUGAGAAACAAGAGAGUGAUAGCGAAGAGGAGGAAUUGCCACAGGGAAUCAGAAGACUGCGUGUCGGCAGCGAUGCUUCGUCCGUCGGGAGAAAAAGCGACACAUCAUCAGUCAAUUGGCGUGCAGAUGCUUUGGACGUUGGGGAAAAUUUGGCCGCUGAAGCAGCUGCCAAAAAGGGCCACACUUCCAUUGAUUCCAUCGUGGCCUUGGUGGAAGCAGAGCGGGAGAGAUGGGAUGAGGAGAAGCAGGCCCUUGAGGCGAAACUUGAAGAGUUGAAGGAUCACCUGCGCUCAAUGCAGGCCCAACUAAGUCCUGAUGCUGAGAAGCAGGCCUUGAAAGCGCAGUAUCAAGAGCUGCGCAAGGCAAUGAAAGCACGAAGUAGAUUUGGUGCCUGGGUUUGUGAAAGGCACAUGAUCGAAAGUGAUGAUGAGGAGCCAAAUGCCGAGAGAGAGGAGCUUCGCAACAAGAUCUCGGAACUCUCAACAAGGCUUCGGCAGGCUAAAGCCUCGCUUGGCGCUGCUUCCAGCGAAUCAGACGUGUCACCAAGCCGAAGGUCGCCUGGAAUCAUGCGACAUAAAAAAUAAUAUAUAAUAUAAAAUAUAUUAACAAUACAUCUAUAAAUAAUUUAAUUAUAUAUAUACAUAGGAUAAUUUACAAUAAUAAAUUCUACUAUUAUAUAUUUUUUAAUUAAUAAAUGGAUAUAAUUUUAUUGAUUUAACAUAUAUUAUAUAUAAAAUUAAAUAUAUUUGGAUUUAAAUACGAAAAUUUCGAUUUUUGGAAUAUAUUUUAUUGGAAGAUUUAUAUUUUAAAUUAGAUAUAAUUUAAAUUCGAUUUAAUUGUUUUAUUUGCAA